AACGAGUGGAUGGAGGUAGUGAGAAAAGUCCGGGAGGUGUUCUUUUUGUCUGCACUGAGCCAGACGAGGCCCCCUGAGAAGCCUCCCCGCGAAGAGAGGCCAUCCGAAGUGAGGCCCCACGUAGAAGGGCAACCCGAGGAAAGGCCCCCUGGAGAGAGUCCCCCCAAAAAUGGGCCACCCGGAGAGAGGCCCCCCGAAGAGAGGCCAUCCGAAGUGUGGCCCCACGUAGAAGGGCAACCCGAGGAAAGGCCCCCUGGAGAGAGUCCCCCCGAAAAUGGGCCACCCGGAGAGAGGCCCCCUGAAGAGAGGCCACCGGGAGAAAGGCCUCUGGUCAUCCCAAAAGAGGAGCCUGAGCAUAGCGUAGAGAAAUGCGAUUCGGAUUAUGAGUAA